AAAUGCUCAGUCUGAGUACAGCAUUCAACAGUUAAUUUUGAAAAAGUUCUGCUAAUAAUCAAUCGAUAAUAUGAUGAAAUUUGUGAUUGUAUCGGUAACGUUGCUGAUUAUUUGUAUGAGCUGCACAGUUAUUGCGUAUGGCGGAAGUGAAUGUGAUUCAAAGUCAUACUAUAAACCACAUCCGAGUGAGUGCACUCUGUUUUAUCAAUGUUCUCCGAACGGAACGUACAUUUUGCAUACGUGUCCGCCUGACCUUCAUUUCAACCCGAUUCUGGACGUGUGUGACUUCCCAAAUGAAGCGAGAUGUUCAAACGAUCAUACAGUUGAUCCUGGUGAUGGUGAAACGUCCAGUAGUCCUGAUCCAGUCGCAAGUACCACGGUCGAGUCGGCAGAAGAAUGUAGCACUGGCGAAUAUAAGCCACACGAAACAGAAUGUGAUUUAUUCUAUCGCUGUAUUUCUGGUGCCUUCAUUUUGAUCAAUUGUCCUGAUGGUAUGCAGUUCAAUGUCACUUUGAAAGGCUGUGUGGUGCAAGAAGAAGGUUGUAACGAAGACGACCGGAGCUCUAUAGCAACUGAUUCAACGACUGAAGCAACUGAUUCAACGACCGAAGAAACUGAUUCAACAACUGAAGAAACCGAUUCAACAACCGAAGCAACUGAUUCAACAACCGAAGCAACUGAUGCAACAACCGAAUCAACUGAAGCAACUGAUUCAACAACCGAAUCAACUAAUUCAACAACAGAAGCAAAUGAAUCAACGACGGAAGUAACCGAAUCAACAACUGAAGCAACUGAUUUAACGACGGAAGCAACCGAAUCAACAACCGAAGCAACUGAUUUAACGACAGAAGCAACCGAUUUAACAACUGAAGAAACCGAUUCAACAAAGGCAACUGAUUCAACAACCGAAGCAACUGACUUAACAACCGAAGCAACUGAUUUAACAACCGAAGCAACUGAUUUAACGACAGAAGCAACCGAUUUAACAACUGAAGAAACCGAUUCAACAAAGGCAACUGAUUCAACAACCGAAGCAACUGACUUAACAACCGAAGCAACUGAUUUAACAACCGAAGCAACUGAUUUAACGACGGAAGCAACUGAUCCAACAACCGAAGCAACUGAUUCAACAACCGAAGCAACCCCAGAAGCUGAUACAACAACAACGCAGUGCGUAAACAACGAAUACAGGCCCGAUGAAAAUGAUUGUGAAGCGUUUUAUCGCUGUAUAAACGGCCGAUUUAUCAAGCUUUUUUGCUCUAUCGGUACACAUUUUGAUCCAAACACUCGACUCUGCGUUGAUCCAGACAUAGCUGAGUGUAAUUUAGAAACCGAUCAAAGUACAAACUCGCCCGAAAUGACUGAGACAUCAACUAAUCCUACAACUGAAAAUUCCACAGAAGUUCAGGUAACAAUUGUGGAGUGUUACGACAACGAAUACAGGCCAGAUGAAACUGAUUGUGAAGCGUUUUAUCGUUGUAUAAACGGCCGAUUUGUAAAGCUAUUAUGUUCGAUUGGUACAAAUUUUGAUCCCAACACUAGAUCAUGUGUUGAUCCAGAAGUAGCUGAAUGUAACUUAGAAACAGAUCAAAGGGCAAACUCUCCGGGAAUAACAACAACCGAGGGUUUUUCAAUUGAAACAUCCACAGAAGUCCAGGUAAACAUUGUGGGGUGUUCCGACAAUGAAUAUCAAGCUGAUGAAAGUGAUUGUGAAGCGUUUUAUCGUUGUAUAAACGGCCGAUUUGUUAAGCUAUUUUGUUCGAUUGGUACCCAUUUCAAUUUAAAUACUCGACAAUGUGUAGCAGUAGAACUGGCUUUAUGUGAGUUGGAAGCAAGUCAAAUUACUACAUCUACGGAUACUACAACUUUCAACUAACACAAACAUUUUUUUAAAAAUAUUAGUGACAAUGUUUCAUUUUUCA